AUGUUAUUUAUUGCAUUUGCCUAUUUUACUUUUGUCGCAAUUCUUGCUGAAAGAGUUCCUAUCGAUGAAAAGCUUGGCACUUUCUUGGGCACACUCGAACGAUAUGCACCGAAUCCUAAUGAUGUAGUUUUCCUUCUGGACGAGUCAGGCAGCAUUGGAGCAGAAAGAUUCGAACACGUGAAACUAUUCACCGAAUUAAUUGUACGCCGGUUACCUGUGUCUUCCGAAUACACCAGAGUUGCUAUCGUCACUUUUGCAACAGAACCUCGGACACAUGUGAACUAUAUUAGAGACAGUUUGGGCAAUAAUAUGUGCACACUCCUAAGGAGUAUAAAGCAUAUAGACUACGCUGCCGAAUGGACACAUACAAAAGAAGCGAUGAUUGAAGCUAGGAAUAUCUUAAGGUCUGCAAGGCUAAAUUCUACGAAGAUAAUAAUUUUACUCACGGAUGGUCAGAGUAAUGAUGGACAUAAUCCAGUUUCUGUAGCAAAGGAGUUGAAAAAUAGCGGAGUUAUAAUUUUUAGUGUCGGAGUUGCUGAAGUUAAUGUGGAAGAAGUUAAAGAAGUAGCGACCUCUCUUGAUCACAUGUAUAUCUUAUCAGACUUUUCUUAUAUUGAAACGGUGAAUAAACACUUAAUAAAUGAUACAGUCGAAGUCAGCUGGGAUUACACUAAAGACACAUCAUUAUGCAACACGUACUGUGAUAGUGGAAGUGACUGCUGUGAUAAUAAUGCUAAAUGUUAUUGUGGAACUAAAGGAGGGCAGUAUGAGUGCGUUUGUAAUGCUGGACACUUCGGAAGUGGUCACAAACAUAAGUGCCAUUUGUGUCCUAAAGGAACGUAUAAAGCCGAUGCAAGUAAACAGCCUUGUAUACCUUGUCCAGAAAAUUUCACAACCAUUGCUGAGGGAAGUUCCAGUUUCUCAGAUUGCAUAUGUCUGAAUGGUUAUCAAAGACAUGGAAAUUUUUGUAAACCUAUUGAGUGCGCAAAGCUAAGUGCUCCAGAUGGCGGUGUUCUUGUCCCUUCGCGCUGUGAAGCUACCUAUGGAAUGAAAUGCACAUUCAAAUGCAAGGAAGGCUUCUGUCCAUACUCUUGCAACGCGACUGAUUUACAGAGUACUAAUGAUUUUCCAUGGCAUCAUUUACCAACUCAGUCCAGAGAAUGCCUGGAAAGUGGAAAAUGGAGUGGCGUAGAUUUUCACUGUGAAA